AUGGGGAUCGAACGGAGGUUGAUGGAGAAGAUUCCAGAGAUAGUCUCUGUCGAGCAGAUCACGGACCAGGAGACGGGCCUUCCACUGGACGAGGAGAAUGUAGAAAAGGUGCUGUCCGAGAUCAGGCCAUAUUUGGUAGGAACGGGUGGUGGGGAGCUGACUCUUGUGAAGAUUGAUCCUCCGAUUGUGAAGGUCAGGAUCGAUGGGCCCGCAGCAGGAGUAAUGACGGUCAGAGUGGCUGUUACCCAGAAGCUCAGGGAGAAAAUUCCAUCGAUUGCUGCUGUACAGUUGCUUUGA